AACUUCGGCGUGACGGCGAUCUACCUCAACAUGUACGCCAGCAUCCUCCUCAUGGGCUACAUCGCUGCCAAUAGGUACUUUAAGAUGGUCCAGCCUUCAGGAAGUCACCAACUGCAGUCGGUGUGGGCGGCUUGUGUCACUUCCACGAUGACUUGGCUGGUCCUCCUCCCCUUUGCAGGCACUUACAUCAUCCUGUCGCUAACUACUCAGCAGGCUCCGCCUCCUUGCGGCGGCACGACGUGUUGCGACGAACUUCACAGUGAGCCGCUCAGGCUUCUCUACAAGGGCGUCCACGCCUUCUCCGCUGCCAUUUCCCUGCUGGUCCUCCUCGCCCUGCUCUUCUUCUACUACAGUGCCACACACAGGCUGGCAGCGGCACAGCAGCGACGAGCGGCGUCCUGCGGCCACAAGAAGCUCGCCAAGUCCCGCAGGAACAUUGUGGUGCUGGUCGUCGUCUUCUGCGUCUGCUUCCUUCCCUACCACCUGGUCCGACUCCCCUACGCAUUCAUUCCUCGAUCCUGCUCCAAUCCCGCCAUCUUGUACUUGAAGGAAGUUACCGUUUCCAUGUCCGCCCUCAACGUCUGCCUGGACCCGCUCAUCUACUUUUUGCUCUGCAAGGCCUUCCGCGGCCAGCUGAGACAAAGACAAAAACACAGCGAAGCCGACACUUUUAGGAAGGCGGCCACUUAUCCUUCCGGUACUUUCCAGACGGGGGUGUCAAAGCCGCAAGGCCCGUGA